AUGCGCCCAUCCUACCGGAUUCGCCUCCUACGUACUGACUUUUCUAAUCGCCCGUCAUACAUUCGUCUCCAUAUCGCGUCUCCGCCUCUUCCCGUAUCCUCGCGAGAAAUCGGCUUCCCGAACAGCUCUGCUAUAUUCUUGGACCGUGUUCUCGCAGGAAAUAGCUCGGGUACUGAUGCGGGAUACCUAACAUAUGAGCAAGAUUGCAGUGUGACUGCAGAGCUCUAUAACGAUCGACAUCGUGACACUUCGUCUGGAUGUCGUGAGAGCCGUAAGACGAUGGAAUUGAGGAAGUCGUCAAGAAUUAUGAAGGCGAUUGAGCAAAGCGACUGCCAAGACUAA